AUGGAUGUUUCGCACGCACAAGCUGGGAAACUACUCAUCAAAGCCCUCGCUCUAAGAGCGGUGUCCACCAAGUUACUCAAGGGGGUGUCGAGGCGAGAAGCCUUUGAGGCGUCGGCCGAGUUUAUCGAGAUGUCGGAGGGCACCAUCAAGCAGUGGGAGCUCGAGAAUUGCAAAUACACUAUCGCCUGCUUGCGAGAGAACGUUUCCAAGAGCUUCGGGGUAGAAAACUUGCGCCUACAUGACAUCGUUCAAAAGUUCUGCCGGAAGGUGGCCAACUUCCACACGGUGUACGACGCAGGGCUUACGGGCGCCGAGGCGGUGGAUGCGCAAGAGAAAUACAAGUCGCACCGUAGGUCGGCUCCAUCCGAGUUCGUUAACCCCAAGUAACGUAUGCUAAGCGUCGGUACGUUGCAUGGGGUUCGAAAGAAUGAUUGCUUCUGUAGGUUUCGGUUUGUCCACGAAGUUUGUUGUUCGUGUUUUUUUUCGACCGGCUGCGUUUCCCCUCCAGGUCGAUAAGAUCGGUAGUAUUGGGCGUGAUGUAUCGUAUGUAGAAGACUAGUUUUUCCAACAGGCCACAGCAGUGGUGUACGUACUUGUUGUCUCCGUACUGGUGCGAUUUCCUGUGCUGGAGUUAGUUGUUUCCUUUGCUGGGGUCGAGGGAGCGACCAAUGUACGCGCGCACACAUGCACGCUGUUUUUGAACUUUAAAAGAGACAGCCACUCCGAACCAGAUUGUUGAUCCUUGGCAACGAGGGUGCAACGAGUGCACAACACGUACGAAAGAUUCAAUCGAAUAGCAGCGGAGUAGGGUAGGAACACAAGGCUAUAUUCGGUGUUCGUAAGGGAGAUACAAGUCUUGCUUGGCGAAGAAGGUGAGACUUUCUUGCACUGGUUCCGACGUGGAAAAAAUGCACGUCACAUGUGGCAUCAUGUUUAUAAUUUAGAAGCAGCGACGAGUUUUUUGGGCGUACGAAGCCGCUGCAUCUCCCUGUAGAUGCAGUCUACUUGCAAAGAAUGUCACAUGUCGCCUUUAGAUGGAACCAGCAGGACAAAGGUGCGCACAAAAUUGUAAGCGCAAGGUGUACUCGACUAUGUAGUAUUUUUUCGCUACACAACGGCACAUAGCCGGACUA